AAAUCGGCCAUUUUGCCGAACCAACUGCUAAACAUAAACAACCAGUUGGCAAGAAUUGUGUAAAUUGCACAUUGAAGAUUUAUGUUUAACAGAUAAAUAAAAAAAAAUCUGGUGCAUGGUGCUAAGGUUUUAACCAGGAUUUACAGAGAUGGCUGAAAUUCAGCCUAGUCCAAGAGGUAAUGGAGGGAGCAAGGGCAAGGGCACAAAUGAUCCGAUCCGGUUUUUACCGGUGCUCCCAUCCAAGCGAACAAAACCCACAUGGGAACAGAACCCGCCAUCAUUUGUGCUGUCUGGGAAAAUACCCGAGGAUGAUGGGAAAGACCAUAUUGAUUUGAUUGGGGAACUGACAGCAAGGGACCCCAAACGACGGAAGCCAAACAAAUUAAAGCCAAUAACAGAAAAACAGAAUGGCACAGAUGUUACACAGUUUCAGCAGCCAAAGAAAGACCGCGAAAACUUCCGAAAGUCAUUGGUGGACAUAAUCAUGCAAGAGGAAGGUGUCCAACAAACCAACAUGGCGUCUGCCACGGGUGAACUGCAGCCUCUCUCUAGAACUGGGUCACCCACUGCCGCGGAAAAAGAUAUACUGCGCUACUACUACUAUAUCCACCACGGCAUAGACACGGAACACGUGGCUCCCAUGGAGGAUUCCUGGCUGGAGAACGUGCUUGCUCUGAUAUCCACCGAACUCAAGGAGGGUCAUAACGAGACCAUCGACAAUCUCUCAGACGAGAUGAGGGAGGACUACCUGCUAAGUGUCAAGAAAGCUAUAGUUGACUUCGUCUUGAAAGACCCGCGUGAGCGCGACGACGAGAAGAAAGUUAAGUUGGCACCACACCGCGAGGAGCUCAUGGUGGUACCGAAACCCUGGAACCGUUCCUACCUGCUCGGACUUGAACUCAUGUCUGAGAAUCUGCACGUGACCAACCCCUGUAUGCUGCAGGUGCUGGACCUCUGGCACGGGACAUUUGGUGGCCUGAGGUUCAUUGACAUCGAGGAAUUCCACGCACGCCAAGACUCCAUGGAGCUGCAGAAUUUCCAGGCCCUCUGUCUGCGACACAUCGAUUCGGCCAAGGAAAAACUACUGAAGAAAUGGUUCCCGGAAGUUCAGAACAUCUUCUACCAGGGCAACAAGAGGAAGCAGGUGCCCAGCAAUCAGGAUCAGGAGAAGCUUGAAUCCUUCUUCAACUGUGCAGCCACCUUGAUGACCGAGAAUCUGCAGCUGCUCACGCUGCUGUCUCUGAAAGACUACCAGGACCUGAUUGUCCAACCACCGACGUCUACGCGAGCUUACGAGCACCCGGGCUUCAUCAUGCGUCUGAUCCUUGACAACACACAGAUCAAGUUCGAGCCCACAUUCAAUGACUUUGAGGUCAUCCUACUGAACGUGUUCGACGUGAUGAUCAAGGCAUCACAGGUGGUGCCCAGGGUGGAGACGAAACUCUACUCAGAAUGGAGCGGAGACAAAUCUAAGGCAACACUGAAACCAGUCAUCCUGGAGGAUAUACUUGAGAGACACAAGGUCGCGGUCCGCGAACUCAUCAAGCAGGAGAGCAUUGGGCCUAUAGAGCACAGCAAAAUAUACGAUAAAUACAACUUCCUUAUCUCCAAACAGGCGGACACAGAUGUCGAACAGUUCCUGAAGGAGACGCACACGUUUGAUGAAUACAAGAAGGAAGUGGAGAAGUACCAUCGUCUGGUCGAGGAAAUCACCUACAACUCAAUCAAGAAUGGGAGGGGAAAGGUGUUGAGACUAGGAAUGUUUGAGCUUCACUGCGAUGAUUUGAUUCGUGCCCUCUCCAAGCGUGCAGAUGCUUUGUGCACGAAACUGCUUGGACGUAUGGCUCGUGACCACCAAGAGGAAAAUAAAAUACUCUGCGACGACUAUGAGCAGAUUGCAGAGAAAGCACUGACGACGCCUUCCAAUACGGAGGCCCUGAUGGAACUGAAGCAGUACAUCGAGAAAGUAGAGUCCGACAUCAUCUUCAAGAUGGAGAAGCGCCUGUACCAAUCCCAGGAACGCCUCUCCUUCCUCUCAGACUUCGCGCAGUUCAGUCCAGCGGAGAUUCGUGUGAAUGCGAACGUAUUCAUGUGGCACGGACGUAUGCCUGCAGUCUUCGAGGAGCACAAACUGAUCAUCUCAGAGAAACGCUCGCAGUACGAAGAUAACUUGAAGUUGCGUCGAGACCGCUUCAUUGAGGAGAUGGAGGGCUACGCGAAGCAGGUGGAGGAGUUUGCAACAUUCGGAGACAUGUCUGAUAUACAAAAGUACCUUCGCAAGUCUCAGGCCCUCAGUAACAAACUGGAGCAAGCGGCUGAGAAGAUUGAGAAUUUCAACAAUGAGGAGGAAGCGUUUGGCUGGCAGACCACAGCGUACCCCCAGCGUCAACAGAUCAUGACCACACUGAAACCUUACCUGCAGCUGUAUGAGACUACCGUGGACUUCAACAACAAAUACAAGGACUGGAUGGACGGACCAAUGUCUGGCUUGAAUCCGGACGAUGUUGAGCAAGAGGUUGGCAACUUCUGGCGUGGACUCUACAAACUGGAGAAGGCGUUCGAGUCCGUACCAGCUGCAAAGAAGAUAGCCGGCAAGGUGAAGUCCAAAGUAGAAGAGUUUCGCGAACACAUGCCCCUCAUCUCUACACUCUUCAACCCGGGCCUGCGCGAUCGUCACUGGGAGAAGAUCUCGGAGAUCGUCGGCUAUUCGCUGAAGCCAGACGACAGCUCCUGUCUGACGCGCUUCGUGGAUAUGAACCUCGACCAGUUUAUAUCGAAGUUCGAGACGAUAAGUGAGGCGGCAAGCAAAGAAUACUCGCUGGAGAAGGCGAUGGAUAAGAUGAAGACAGAGUGGGGACCGAUUGAGUUCACCAUUAUCUCGUACCGUGACACGGGCACUUCAAUCCUGUCCUCGGUGGACGACAUUCAGCUGCUAUUGGACGACCACAUUGUGAAGACACAGACCAUGCGUGGGUCCCCUUUCAUCAAGCCUUUUGAAGUGGAAAUUAAGGACUGGGAAGGCAAGCUGAUGCUGUUACAAGAUGUACUGGAUGAGUGGCUCAAGGUGCAGGCCACCUGGCUCUACCUGGAGCCCAUUUUCUCCUCCCCCGACAUCAUGGCCCAGAUGCCUGAAGAGGGACGCAGGUUUACAACAGUCGACAAGAACUGGCGCGACAUCAUGAAGGCGUCCUUGCUGGACAAACACGUGCUCGAGGUGAUCAAGAUCGACAAGCUUCUCGAGCGUCUGAAGAAGUCCAACGAACUGCUCGAACUCAUUCAAAAGGGUCUGAACGAUUACCUGGAAAAGAAGCGGCUGUACUUCCCGCGCUUCUUCUUCCUGUCCAACGACGAGCUGCUUGAGAUCCUGUCCGAGACCAAGGACCCGAAGCGAGUGCAGCCGCACUUGAAGAAGUGUUUUGAGGGCAUUGCAAAGCUGGAGUUUACGGACGUGCUAGACAUCACGCACAUGCUGAGCAGUGAGGGAGAGGUGGUGCAACUGCGUGACGUGAUCUCGACCUCAAAGGCUCGCGGCCAGGUGGAGAAGUGGCUCCUGGAGCUGGAGGCUGACAUGCUUUCCUCAUUGCACAAGGUGACCGGUGAAUCCCUGGAGGCGUACAAGACUCAGCCAAGGUCUGCGUGGGUCAAGGCCUGGCCCGGUCAGUGUGUACUGGCUGUUACGGCCAAGUACUGGACGGACUUCAUUCACGAGGCCAUCAGGAAGGGCGGCAAUGCUCUCCAGCUGUACCUUGACCUGAACAACAAACAGAUCGACGAGAUUGUUGCCAUGGUGCGCGGCAAGCUGUCAAAACAGAACCGUACAACACUUCAAGCCUUGAUUGUAUUGGACGUUCACGCGAGAGACGUGCUGGCCAAUCUCGUGUCUCUGAACAUCUCCAGUGAGUUUGACUUCAACUGGCUCAGUCAGCUCCGAUAUUACUGGGAGGAUGAUCGCAUGGUAACCAGGAUGAUCAACGCCAUGUUGAAGUACGGCUAUGAGUAUCUCGGAAACUCAGGCCGCCUUGUGAUCACCCCCCUCACUGACAGAUGUUACAGGACCCUGUUUGGUGCCCUGCAGCUGCAUCUGGGUGGCGCCCCGGAGGGCCCGGCAGGAACCGGUAAGACUGAGACCACCAAGGAUCUCGCCAAGGCCGUUGCCAAGCAGUGCGUCGUCUUCAACUGCUCCGACGGUCUGGAUUACAUCGCCCUCGGGAAAUUCUUCAAGGGCCUUGCAUCGUGUGGCGCCUGGUCAUGCUUCGACGAGUUCAACCGUAUCGACCUUGAGGUGUUGUCUGUCGUAGCUCAGCAGAUCCUGACCAUCCAAAGAGCCAUUAAUAGUGGUGCAGACAGCCUGGUGUUUGAAGGCACAGAGAUCCGACUGGACCCAACCUGCUCCGUGUUUAUCACCAUGAACCCUGGUUACGCUGGCCGUUCUGAGCUGCCUGACAACCUUAAGGCUUUGUUCCGUACAGUGGCGAUGAUGGUGCCAGAUUACGCGCUUAUCGCUGAGAUCUCGCUGUACUCGUGCGGUUUCGUGAAUGCCCGCCCGUUGUCAAUCAAGAUCGUGGCGGUGUACAGACUGUGCUCGGAGCAGCUGUCUUCCCAACAUCACUACGACUACGGCAUGAGGGCCGUCAAGUCUGUCUUGACAGCUGCCGGAAACUUAAAGCUGAAAUACCCAGACGAGGACGAGAACAUUCUGAUGCUACGUUCCAUCAUUGACGUCAACCUUCCGAAGUUCUUGAGCCACGACCUGCCCCUAUUCCAUGGUAUCACUUCGGAUCUCUUCCCCGGCGUGAAACUUCCCGAACCAGAUUACGAAAUCCUCAAUGAGCAUGUGCGGGACAACUGCGUCAAGAUGAAUCUGCAGUGUGUUGACUUCUUCCUCGAGAAAAUACAGCAGAUCUACGAGAUGAUGAUUGUGCGUCAUGGUUUCAUGAUUGUCGGUGAACCAUUCGGUGGCAAGACCUCCGCCUACAGAGUGCUGGCCGCAGCCCUUGGCGACAUUCAUGAGAAAGGUCUGAUGGAAGAGAACAAGGUUCAGAUUACUGUGAUCAACCCAAAGGCCAUCACCAUGGGUCAGCUCUACGGCUGCUUUGACCCGGUCUCACACGAGUGGUCAGACGGUGUGCUGGCCGUGUCGUACAGAGCUUUCGCCACAUCAACUACACCAGACAGGAAGUGGCUGAUAUUUGACGGCCCUGUUGAUGCCAUCUGGAUCGAGAACAUGAACACUGUGCUGGACGACAACAAGAAGCUGUGCCUGAUGAGCGGAGAGAUCAUCCAGCUCGCGCCCACCACCAACCUGAUGUUUGAACCCAUGGACCUUGAGGUUGCCUCCCCUGCCACGGUCUCCCGCUGCGGCAUGAUCUACAUGGAGCCGUCCACCCUGGGCUGGCGGCCGCUGGUCAAGUCGUGGCUCAAGGAUAUGCCCCCAGCGGUCAACGAGAUGCACAAGAGCACCAUUCAUGACCUGUUUGAGAGGUUCUGCGACGCCUGCAUCCAGCUGAUCAGGAAGGGCGGAGUCAAGGAGCUAGCGCCCACAUCGGACACCAACCUGAUCAAGUCCCUCAUGAACCUGAUGGAUGUUCAGAUGGACGAGUUUCAGGACGAGGCCAAGAUCUCUGCCAUGGAGGAGCGGGAGACCAUGACAUGGCUUGAGAGCAUUUUCUUCUUUGCGCUGACCUGGUCUGUCGGUGGCUCGUGCACAGAUGAUGGCAGGGUGAAGUUUGACAAACUUCUCAAGGAACUUAUGUCGGGAGGCAUGUCAGAGGAUACAAGAUUGAAGCUCAGUCUGCCAGAGCUGGUUGAACCCCCAAUGAAGCCCUACAUGAACCCCUAUCCACCCAAGGGCCGCGUCUACGAUUACAAGUUUGUCAAGGAGGGAGCAGGAAAGUGGGUACCGUGGACAGAAGAGCUGAAGGACACGCCUCCCAUACCCAAGGACGUGAUGUUUAAUGAGAUCAUCGUACCGACCGUGGAUACCGUACGGUACACCCACAUCAUGAACCUUCUGGUACAGCACCAGAAAGCCAUCCUCUUUGUGGGACCGACCGGUACCGGCAAGAGUGUGUAUGUUACGGAUUUCCUCCUGAACAAGCUGGACAAGGAAGUAUACAAGCCAAACAUCAUCAACUUCUCGGCACAGACCAGCGCCAACCAGACCCAGAACAUCAUCAUGUCUAAGCUGGACAAGCGCCGUAAGGGUGUCUUCGGACCGCCCCUGGGAAAGAGAGCCAUUGUGUUUGUUGAUGACCUGAACAUGCCCCUACUGGAGCAGUUUGGCGCUCAGCCCCCCAUAGAGUUGCUACGUCAGUGGCUCGACCACUGGACCUGGUAUGACCUCAAGGACGUGGUGCCCUUGAAACUCAUCGACAUUCAGCUGUGUGCCGCCAUGGGACCGCCUGGUGGUGGCCGCAACCCUAUCACUCCUCGAUUCGCGCGUCACUUCAACAUGGUGACGAUCAACGAGUUUGAUGAUGAAGCCAUGGUUACGAUAUUCCGAAAGAUUAUGGAGUGGCACAUAUCAUCUCGAGGAUUCAGCAAUGAGUUCAAGCCGUGCGUGGACCAGAUCGUUCAGGGCACGCUGCACGUCUACAAGGAGGCCAUGCAGCAACUACUGCCCACCCCUGACAAGUCGCACUACCUGUUCAACACUCGAGACUUCGGGCGGGUCAUACAGGGUGUGCUGCUGUCUACGCCAGAGACCAUGGAGGAACCCGCGUCCAUGAAGCGACUCUGGGUCCAUGAGGUCUUCCGGGUCUACUACGACCGUCUUGUGGACGACAAAGACCGAGACUGGCUCUUCAACUUCACGCGUGAAACGUGCAAGGAAAAACUCAGGGAAGACUUCGACCAGCUGUUCAUUCACUUAGACUUUGAUAAUGAUGGAAAGGUCACAGAAGAUGACCUCCGCAGUUUGGUUUACUGCGAUUUUGCCGAUCCGAAAUCGGACUCGAAGCAUUACGUGGAGGUCCGCGAUUUGGAGCAGCUUCGACACGUGGUGGAGAAUUAUCUGGAAGAGUUUAAUAACAUGAGCAAGAAGCCUAUGAACCUUGUGUUGUUCAGAUUCGCCAUUGAGCAUGUGUCAAGAAUUGCACGCAUCAUCAAGCAGCCGAGAAGCCACGCCCUCCUAGUGGGAGUGGGUGGAUCUGGUCGACAGUCGCUGACACGCCUUGCUGCACACAUGGCGGACUACGACCUGUUCCAAGUGGAGAUCUCGAAAUCAUACACAUCAGUGGAAUGGCGGGAGGAUCUGAAAAGAAUUCUACGGAAGGCUACUGAGACUGACAACCAUGGAGUGUUCCUGUUCUCUGAUACCCAGAUAAAACAAGAGUCGUUCUUGGAAGACAUCAAUAACCUGUUGAAUGCAGGUGAGGUUCCCAAUCUCUACCCUCUCGAUGAGAAACAGGAGAUCUGUGAGAAAAUGAGACAGCUUGAUCGACAACGUGAGAAGACCAAACAGACAGACGGCUCGCCGGUGGCGCUGUUCAACAUGUUUGUGUCUCGAGUCCGAGACCAGCUACAUAUCUGUCUCGCGAUGAGCCCCAUAGGAGAGGCUUUCAGGAACCGACUCAGGAAGUUCCCUUCUCUCGUCAACUGCUGCACAAUUGACUGGUUCCAGUCUUGGCCAGAAGACGCCCUCCAGGCAGUGGCGGCGCGGUUCCUUGAGGAAGUCGAGAUUGAUGACGAUGAACGUCACGGCUGCAUCGAGAUGUGCAAGAUGUUCCACACGUCCACGCGAGAACUGUCCGAGCGGUUCCUACUGGAGCUCGAGCGACACAACUACGUGACGCCAACGUCAUAUCUUGAGUUGAUCAACACGUUCAAGUCCCUGCUAGAUGUGAAACGGGGAGCGGUGAUGAAAAUGAAGCAGAGAUAUGAGGUUGGACUGGAGAAACUUGCGAGCGCCGCUUCCCAGGUGGCAGACAUGCAGAAAGAGCUUAUUGACCUCCAACCACAGCUCGUCCAGGCCAGCAAGGAUGUCGACGAGAUCAUGAUUGUCAUUGAGAAGGACUCCAUUGAGGUUGCCAAAGUGGAGAAGGUCGUGAAAGCGGACGAAGCCGUUGCCAACGAGCAAGCAAAGGCGGCAAAGGCGAUCAAAGACGAGUGCGAUGCCGACCUUGCGGAAGCCAUUCCGAUCCUGAACUCGGCCUUGGAGGCGCUGAACACUCUGACACCGCAGGACAUCACGAUCGUAAAGAGCAUGAAGAAGCCUACAAACAUCAUCCGACUUGUCCUGGAGGCUGUCUGCGUGAUCAAGGGAGUCAAACCGGACAGAAUUCCGGACCCGAGCGGUUCCGGCAAGAAGAUCGAGGACUACUGGGGGCCGUCCCUGAAGAUCCUUGGUGAUAUGAAGUUCCUAGAGCAGCUGAUCAACUUUGACAAGGACAAUAUUAACCCAGCCUACAUGAAACAGAUCCGCACCAAAUACAUAACGAACCCCGACUUUGACCCCGAUAAAGUGAGAGUCGCAUCCACUGCCUGCGAAGGUCUGUGCAAGUGGAUCAUGGCCAUGGAAUCUUAUGAUAGAGUUGCCAAAGUAGUCGCACCGAAGAAGAUUGCGUUGAAGAAGGCAGAGUCGGAACUGGCGACUGCCAUGGCGUCUCUGGAGAAGAAGCGAGCCUCGCUGAAGGAGGUCCAGGACAAGCUGAACAAGCUCACAGAGAAGCUGGCCUUCAACAAGCAGAAGAAAGUGGACCUCGAGAACCAGGUGGACUUGUGCACAAAGAAACUGGCCCGUGCAGAGCAGCUCAUUGGUGGGCUGGGAGGCGAGAAGGACAGAUGGGGGAAGGCAGCCAAGGACCUUGGAGUGAAGUACACCAACUGUACAGGAGACGUCCUGGUCUCAUCUGGGAUCGUAGCUUACCUCGGCUGUUUCACAUCCGCAUUCAGGACGGACCAGAUUGCCAGCUGGAUUGAGUCCGUGAAGACCCGCGGUAUCCCGUGCUCGGAGGACUUCUCCCUGAUUUCCACCCUCGGUGACCAGGUCAAGAUUCGUGCCUGGAACAUCGCUGGGCUGCCUACUGACACUUUCUCUGUAGACAACGGCAUCAUGUUGACCAAUUCCCGUCGCUGGCCCCUUAUGAUUGACCCUCAGGGCCAGGCUAACAAGUGGGUCAAGAACAUGGAGAAGGCCAACAAUGUGCACGUUAUCAAGCUCACCAAUCCAGACUUUGUGCGCACACUCGAGAACUGCAUCCAGUUCGGCACACCGGUUCUCCUGGAGAACGUCGGUGAGGAGUUGGACCCGAUGCUGGAGCCUCUGCUGCUGAAGCAGACGUUCAAGCAGGCCGGCGCCCUGUGCAUCCGUCUGGGUGACAGCACCAUUGAGUACUCCCAGGACUUCAAGUUCUACAUCACCACCAAGCUGAGGAACCCCCACUACCUGCCCGAGACCUCUGUCAAGGUGACACUCCUAAACUUCAUGAUCACGCCCGAGGGUCUGCAGGACCAGUUGCUAGGCAUUGUGGUUGCCAGGGAACGGCCCGAGCUGGAGGAGGAAAAGAACGCCCUCAUCUUGCAGAGCGCAGAAAACAAGAAGCAACUGAAGGAAAUUGAAGACAAGAUUCUUGAGGUGUUGUCCACGUCAGAAGGCAACAUUCUCGAAGACGAGACCGCCAUCAAAGUGCUCUCAUCCUCCAAAGUGCUGGCUAACGAGAUAUCGGAGAAACAGGCUAUCGCUGAGGAAACCGAGAUAAAGAUCGACACUGCUCGGUUGGGCUACAAGCCGAUAGCGAUCCACUCCACGAUCCUGUUUUUCUCCAUCGCGGACCUGGCAAACAUCGAGCCGAUGUACCAGUACUCUCUGACGUGGUUCAUCAACCUGUUCUGUCUGUCCAUCGAGAACGCGGAGAAGACGGAGGAUCUGAAGAAACGCCUCGAAAAUCUCUACAAUCACUUCACGUACUCGCUCUACUGUAACGUGUGCCGAUCGCUCUUUGAGAAAGAUAAGUUGCUGUUCUCUUUCCUGCUCUGCUCAAACAUCCUGAAGCACAACAAGGAGGUGAACGAGGAUGAGUGGCGCUUCCUGCUCACGGGAGGCAUCGGGCUCGACAACCCGCACUCAAACCCGACCACCUGGUUGCCUGUCCAGUCAUGGGACGAGAUCUGUCGCCUUGACGACCUUCCCAUCUUCAAGAACAUCCGCACCAAGUUUGUGUCCAAUAAGGACGGCUGGAAGGAGGUUUACGACAGCGUGGAGCCCCAACACAUGACGUUGCCCGGAGAGUGGCAGGAGAGACUCGGCUCCUUCCAGAGGCUGCUACUCCUCAGAUGUAUCCGACCGGACAAGGUUGUGCCAGCGAUUCAAGACUUCGUCACAGAGAAGAUAGGCAAGAAAUACAUCGAGCCUCCCCCGUUUGACCUUCCCGGGUCGUUUGGUGACAGUAACAACUGCGCCCCUCUGCUGUUUGUCCUGUCCCCUGGUGGUGACCCCAUGACCUCUCUCUUGAAGUUCGCUGAUGAUCAGGGAUUUGGAGGGGCCAAGUUUGACUCGCUGUCACUUGGUCAAGGUCAGGGACCGAUAGCCCUGCGAAUGAUUGAGAAGGGGACAAAGGAGGGCACCUGGGUGAUGCUACAGAACUGCCACCUCGCCACAUCAUGGAUGACCACCCUGGAAAAGAUCUGCGAGGAGCUGAAUCCCGAGACGACCCACCCAGAUUUCCGCCUGUGGCUGACAAGCUACCCAUCCAACACGUUCCCGGUGUCCAUCCUGCAGAACGGAGUCAAGAUGACCAACGAGCCGCCUAAGGGCCUGCGAUUCAAUGUCAUGAGGUCGUACCUGUCCGACCCAAUAUCUGAUAUGGAGUUCUUCAAUUCGGUCGAGAAAAACAAGUCAGCCUGGAAGAAGCUGCUGUUCGGCCUCUGUUUCUUCCACGGGAUCAUCCAGGAGCGCAGGAAGUUUGGGCCCCUCGGUUGGAACAUCCCGUACGAGUUCAAUGAGACUGACCUUCGUAUCAGUGUGCGACAGUUGAACAUGUUCCUCAACGACUAUGACGAUGUCCAAUAUGACGCCAUUCGCUACCUCACUGGCGAGUGUAACUACGGUGGUCGUGUGACAGACGAUCGUGACCGACGCACGCUGCACAGCAUCCUCAACAAGUUCUACUGCAAGGGCAUCAUCGCUGAUGACAAGUACUACUUCGACAACUCCGAGCUGUACUUUGCACCGCCAGACGGCGAGUACGAGACGUACGUCGAGUACAUCAAGAGUCUGCCCCACAAUGCCAAGCCGGGAAUCUUCGGCAUGCACGACAACGCCGACAUCACUAAGGACCAGGCUGAGACCCGUAUACUCUUUGAAAACAUCCUUCUCACGCAGUCCCAAGGAGAGGCUAGAGCUUCGUCAGGUGGCGGCCGCUCAACAGACGACAUUGUGGACGAAGUGGCAGCAGACAUUAUCAGCAAACUGCCACCGAACUUUGACACCGACGCAGCGCUGCGCCGAUACCCGACCUCGUACAAGCAGAGCAUGAACACGGUGCUCGUGCAGGAAAUGGGGCGUUUUAACCGGCUGUUGUCGGUCAUCCGGAGCAGUCUGGUUAACAUCCGGAAGGCAAUUAAGGGUCUGGUAGUGAUGUCGGCUGACCUUGAGAAUGUGACCUUGAGCAUCCUGAAGGGCAAGCCCCCCGUGAUGUGGAUGAAGCGAUCAUACCCUUCUCUGAAGCCCCUCGGCUCCUACGUCACUGACUUCCUGGCUAGACUGGCCUUCCUUCAGGACUGGUUUGAUAAUGGGGCUCCCACAGUAUUCUGGAUUUCCGGCUUCUACUUCACUCAGGCUUUCCUGACUGGCGCUCAGCAGAACUACGCCCGUAAAUACACCAUACCCAUCGACUUGCUCGCCUUUGACUAUGAGAUCCUGGCGGAUAAAGAGUACACAACGCCUCCUGAUGAUGGUGUCUAUGUGAAGGGUCUAUUUCUGGAGGGAGCUCGCUGGGACAGGAAGACCCACCUCCUUGGAGAGUCUCUGCCAAAGAUACUCUUCGAUCCAGUACCCGUGAUCUGGGUGAAGCCUUGCAAGCGUGCAGAUCUGGUUGAGGAAGGCGUCUAUCACAUACCCGUGUACAAGACGAGCGAGCGUCGCGGUGUGCUGUCAACCACUGGCCACUCCACCAACUACGUGAUCGGGAUGCUCAUCCCGACGGACAAGCCCGAAGACCACUGGGUCCAGCGGGGAGUGGCCAUGCUCUGCCAGCUCGACAACUAAACGGGCCCGAGCUCGAUCUUAGUUGUCGUCCGCUGGUAGACCAUUGAAUUUAAGUAAAAGCAGAGGUGUGAUUUUUCAAUGACAAAUCAAUUUAACAAAUAGUUAUUAACUUUUAUUGAUUUAUAUACAAACGAAGAGUUUAAUUUAAUCCUAUAAGGGGAGUAGGGCAUUUUUCUCCCAUGAAAUGGUUCUUAAAUCACACCCCUGAAAAAAUAGACAAACAAUUUGGCCACUUGUUAAUUGUAAAAAUUGCGCUGCUUUGGUCCUGUUCUUUGGGUAUGAAAUUUGGCAAUGUUCAAAUAACUUUAUUUUCUUUUCAAAUUUGUUUUACAUAUCCAUGAAUGGGGCACCCAGUUGGUAUUCGUGAUUCUGUCCAUAAUAUACACUAGAUCUAUAUUGUGAUCUUGUUGGUGGAUUGACCAAUGCUUUGUUUUUGCAACUUAUACUUGCAUCACUAUUUUAACCUAUUUAUUUGUACUUGUUUUGACACAGACUUUUAUAUUAUAAGUGCAUUUAUGUGAUUUAAUAAACAAUGGACUUUAGUGUAGCGUGUUUUUUUUUUGCAGUUGUGUUUUUUUCUGAACAUUUCUUUGAUCAAAAUGUGUAAUGUUUGAAAUGUAUUUUAAGUUUGUUAAAUAUUUUGAACUAUUGUUUACAAAGUCCGUCCUUUAUUAUUAUUAUAGUUACUAUUUAUUAAACUUUGAGUUAUAAAAUAAAUAAUUAAUGAUAUUUCACUAAAGAUGGUGUUGAAUGUUAGUCGGCAAUAACUUGUGACGAAAUCUUUCCUAAAAGGAAUUGUUUAAGCGCUUGAUGUAUGUCUUUAAAUAUUUAAAGAAAAACAGGACACUAUUUUAAAAAUUUAUAUUUUUAUGUAAUUAUUUGUGCUUCACAUUAUGAUUGUUGUACCUAUAGUUGAUAUGUCUGUGAUAAUUGUGUAUACAUUCCAAUUGUGGAGACUGUUAUACACUACAGUUGUGUAUUUGUAUCCGUGUGCUUAACAAUAAUCAUAACUUUAAGAGGCGUAAACCAAUUAUAAUAAUGUUGUUUAUACAUUAGCAUCACAAUAUUUUUUAUCUGAAAUAAAACCUCACUAGCAAUUGACUUAAACAAUAAGGCGAUCUGAAAUGAUGUUUUAUGACAAACAAUUUAAAAAAAAAACAAUUAUUAACACAACAAGACAAUAUUGUCAUAGAUGUUGAUUUAACCUGUGAUAGUUACAUUUCAACUGCUGAUGUUUUGUCGUUACUUGUUUUUUCUAAGGUUUUCCUUCUGUUUUGUUGUACUUAUCAGAUGAGCAGGAAUGUCAAUAUAGCCAAAUUUUAUGAGAAAAACUGCAUACAAAUAGACAAUAUUUUAGAUAAUUUAGAACAAUGUUUUUUACACACAAUUAAACAACUGCUGAUAUUGGUAUGCAUGUACUUUAGUCUUUUGUUGAUGACUUGUAAAAAAAAAGUUAAUCAUUUGUCUUUAAUUUCUUAAAUAAAUUGUCUGGUGGAA